AUGCCUUUGGCCUGGAAGGUGAUCAACGCGGUCCUCAUACUUUUGCCGAAGAUGUUGGUGUGGAAGCUGACUGUGCAAACAGGCGUGGUGUUCUUAAUGGAAACAGCGUCCAUCAGCGAUCUCGUCGUCAAUUCCAUCGCGCUGACGUUCAUUUUGUCCAUCGAUGAGAUGAUAUGCGAGACCUUGACUUCCCAGUCGACCUUGUCAAUGCUCGCGCGGUGCAAGGACUAUCCACUCUUCGAGAAAGAGUUGAGCCACCUCACGGACGAAGAGAUCGAGAUGCGCUACGGUGGAGACAAGCUGGAGGAAAAGCUCAGACUGAGCGAUAUAAUUUCAAUUAUAUUUCCAACCAGAGUGUGA